AUGAUCAUUGGGGGAAUCGAUGUCCCCCAAGGUCCAAUGAUAAAAUGCACUAAAGUGUCUAUCAUGAGAGAAAAAUGCACCCCGGAUUACGUCCCCGAAGGAGCUAUCUCAUUCAGCGACGAAGACGCCAAGGGCAUCGUACAACCUCAUAAUGAUGCACUAGUAAUAUCUGUACUUAUCAAUAAAUAUCGGGUUAAGCGUGUGUUGAUUGAUCUAGAUAGCUCGUCCAACAUCAUCAGAUUGAGGGUCGUAGAGCAACUAGGGUUACAAGAUCAAAUCGUACUGGUAGUCCGGGUGUUAAAUGGAUUCAACAUGGCGUGUGAGACCACGAAAGGUAUGAUAAUACCAGUAUACACUGCCGAGACCACCCAAGAAAUAAAGUUCUACGUCGAAGGAGAUAUGAGGUGCAACGCGUUGUUUGGAAGGCGGUGGGUCCACAACAUGAGGGUGGUGCCUUCCACCUUACACCAGGAGCUGAAAUGUCCCACUCUGGGAGGAGUCAAAACGGUCUAUGGAGAACAGGCGACAGCAAGGGAAAUGUUCGUUGUCGAUGAAAUGAUCCUGGUGCCCGCGGUUUGA